GCCGGCCUGGUCCGCGCCGCGACGCGCCCUGCAGCCCCGAGCGAGCGAGCUGCCGAGCGCGCCCCGUCCCUCGCGCGCGAUGCUCCCCUGGACGGCGCUCGGCCUGGCCCUGAGCUUGCGGCUGGCGCUGGCGCGGAGCGGCGCGGAGCGCGGUCCCCCAGCAUCAGCCCCCGGAGGAGACCUGAUGUUCCUGCUGGACAGCUCUGCCAGUGUGUCUCACUAUGAGUUCUCCCGGGUUCGGGAGUUUGUGGGGCAGCUGGUGGCUCCUCUGCCCCUGGACACCGGGGCCCUGCGUGCCAGCCUGGUGCAUGUGGGCAGCCGGCCGUACACUGAGUUCUCCUUCGGCCAGCACAGCUCAGGCAAGGCUGCCCAGGAUGCGGUGCUCGCCUCGGCCCAGCGCAUGGGCGACACCCACACUGGCCUGGCACUGGCAUAUGCCAAGGAACAGCUGUUUGCUGAAGCAGCAGGUGCCCGGCCAGGGGUGCCCAAGGUGCUGGUGUGGGUGACCGAUGGCGGCUCCAGCGACCUUGUGGGGCCCCCCAUGCAGGAGCUCAAGGACCUGGGCGUCACCGUGUUCAUAGUCAGCACCGGCCGAGGCAACUUCCUGGAGCUGUCGGCCGCUGCCUCGGCCCCUGCUGAGAAGCAUCUCCACUUUGUGGACGUGGAUGACCUGCACAUCAUCCUCCAAGAGCUGAGGGACUCUAUUCUCGACGCGAUGCGGCCGCAGCAGCUCCAUGCCACGGAGAUCACGUCCAGCGGCUUCCGCCUGGCCUGGCCACCCCUGCUGACCGCAGACGCUGGCUACUACGUGCUGGAGCUGGUGCCCAGUGCCCAGCCGGGGGCCGCGAGACGCCAGCAGCUGCCAGGGAACGCCACGGACUGGACCUGGGCCGGCCUCGACCCGGACACGGACUACGAUGCGGCGCUGGUGCCCGAGUCCAACGUGCACCUCCUGAGGCCCCAGCACCUGCGAGUGCGCACGCGGCCCGGUGAGGCGGGGCCGAGGGUCGGGGGUCCGGGGUCGGGGGCGGCGCCGGCCCCCACCCAGCCCGCGGCCCUCCCCGCCCCGGAGGAGGCCGGCCCGGAGCGCAUCGUCAUCUCCCACGCGCGGCCGCGCAGCCUCCGCGUGAGCUGGGCCCCGGCGCUGGGCGCGGCCGCCGCGCUCGGCUACCACGUGCAGUUCGGGCCGCUGGAGGGCGGCGCGGCGCAGCGCGUGGAGGUGCCCGCGGGCCGCAACUGCACCACGCUGCAGGGCCUGGCGCCGGGCACCGCCUACCUGGUGACCGUGACCGCCGCCUUCCGCUCGGGCCGCGAGAGCGCGCUGUCGGCCAAGGCCUGCACGCCCGACGGCCCGCGCCCGCGCCCACGCCCCGUGCCCCGCGCCCCCACGCUGGGCGCUGCGAGCCGUGAGCCGUGAGCCGGCGUGCCAGCCCCGCCUAGUGCGCCGGCGCCGACCUGAGGGCCCCUGUGUCCCGAACCCAGUGCGGAGGCGCCCAGCGUCGAGGUUUUGCCCGGAGACGACGGGUGCAGGCCCGGCCUUUCCCCACGCGGACUCCGCGCGACCCCGGCCCUCUCUCUCCUCGCCUGGCGCCUGCCCUGCGGGGCUCGGGCCUCGCCUGGAGGGACCCCGCAGCAGCUCCGGCCCAUCCCCGCCCAGAGUCCAGCGUGGUGUGGACCCGUGAGUGGUGUUGAGAACAUCAGAGAUAGGACUGCCCAGGGAGGAGCCCAGUCAGACUCCCACGUGUGAUGUAGGCCCGGCCCCAGGUGGCAGGGCUGGCCUGGGGGAAGGCAGCUUGGGCCCUGGGUGUUGGUAAAAGGUGGAGGAGAAUCACGGCAGAAGCUGGCCCAGGUCAGGUCCCCAAAGGCUUCUGCAGAGAAGGAAGGGCAGGUAGGAGCACCGGGACGCUGAGGGUGUGGCCAGCAUGCUCAGCGGGCCGGAGGGCAGUGCCUGCUGGGGACUGCGGCCCUGCCUUCAUUCCCAGGACGCCCGCUGGGUCCAGCUAGCAGCCACUGGGAAGCACAGGAAUGGGGCAGAGCCGGGCAUUCAGGACCGUGCGGACAGGAGGCGCCGCCCCCACCCCUGCUGGAAGCCUUCCCUGGAGGGGCUGCAGAGAGGAUGCUGUCCAGGGAGCUGAGGUCUCACCAUUCGUGGAGGGCCCAGUGGCCUCUUUUGGCUGUGAGACGUCAUACUCACUGCCCUGGGGCCCGAGGGUGAAUCGUCCAGGGUGGGGGUGCCUGGCUAGGUGCAGCCCCCCUGCCCCACCCCCAGGACCGCGGCAUCAUGCAACGCUCACCUCGCCUCUUCCCCACUAACGUCCCAGACUUUACCAUCCAGUAAAUCAGAUGUACACCCAG